AGGAGGACAGACAGCGAAUGGUCUCAUUGGCUAACCUGAUAACAGCCUCUCUACCUGACGACAGUCUUUCAAGUAUUUACCUAGUCGAUGACAGAUACACCAAAGUUGACAACUUAGAUGGUGUAUUGAAUGUGUCACCUAGUCAAAGUAGCAAGAUUACCGCUUCAGCAGUGGAAGCAGCUAUUGUUGACGCUUUCCCUGUAACCUUUUAUCCAACGGAAGCAGAGAUAAUCUUCAUUUUGACAACGGAUACAACAGUAAUUGAUAUACAAGAUAUUAUUUUGAAGAAAAAAACGUUUGUUAUAGUGGUUGGAACAUCUAUACCAUCAAGUGCAACAGACAUCGCAUCAAGCGCAAGUCACGUUUAUUUAGUUAAACCUGAUGGAGAGGACAUUGUAGAAGUUGUGAAGGAGAUACGACAGCAAACAUGUAAAGAUUCCUAUUUUUUGUGUGAUGUUGACAAACAUAAAGAUAACUACCAUUAUUCUACGUGCGUUAAUUGCCUUGAUGUCUGUUCUGAAAAACGAGUCCGUGAAGCAGACUGUCCUCCUUGUCCAUAUAUGCGACUUCCACCGAAGGUGCAAGAAAUAAAACACGGACCAAACACUGAUGAUAGUAACCCUGUUACAUACAUAACGGACAACAAGAAUACCUUCAUUUUUUCAACAAUCAUGACCAUUGUGGUGAUAGCUAUUGUGAUUGGGAUUAUUUCGUCAUCGUAUGCAUGCUAUCGCCGGAAAGUUGCAUGUUUUGGCAGAGAAUCUCUAGAAAACGUUGGUAUGCAUCAACGCGUGCCUGAAACCGUUGCAGUACUAGAAGAAGGGGACCAGAAUAUACCACAAGGAGCCGUAGACAACCGAGAGCCAUUACUACCUCCUUCCCAGCCACCUUCAAAUCUCCAUGACUUAGAAGCUUGUGCAAGUGGUUGCCAAGGACACUCAGGACGGUAUGUCAAUAUUCGCCAUACUGAGUCAGGAUGCGGUAUAGAAGAGACAACUGUUUAACUACCCAAUCAUUGUAGGUUUUCGGGAAUUUCCGGAUUUGGACAACUGUGAAACCAGCGUUUUUUUUUCUAAAAGAAGUGACAAAUAUUUGAAUCAUACAAAUGCAAGAAAUAGAAUCGUUACACGUGACACCUUGUCUUAGUGAUGGAGUAAAUACAGCCGCUUAUUUUAUUAAAUUAUUUAAUUUAAUUACGAUGGUCUUGAAUGCUACAUUUUGGUGUGUUCUUUAAUGAGUGCUUAUUGAAGAUUUUUAAUAUUAUUCAUUGGAGAAAUAUGUUGUUUGCCCUCAAGGGAAGAACAACAUAGCUAACAUACCAGUAAGAUCUUUUGCAAUAGUAUAUUUUUAUAUAUUUUUUACUUUUGAUAUAUCCCCGAAACCGAAUGCAUUGCCGAUUACGGUUUUUGUGGGAUGAUUACAGUUUUGUAGCAUUUAGUCUACUUGUUAUUUACUUUAUUAAUAUAUAUUACAUUUAAUAUAUGUAUGCACUAUUUUCUAUAAUAGAAAUAAUCAUCA